AUGUGGGCUUGCUUGGCACCAAGAUCUGUCCAGCACCUGCAGUGUGCUGGUGCAUCCCUCAUCAAGGUCGCCUUUCUUCACUUGUUCCCAAGUGGCAUAGGGCUGCUUCCAGGUGAAGGAAAGUUUGAACUUUGGACCGAAAAAAAAAAAAAACACCUUAGUGUUCGUGCUGUCUGUAACAAUAACUGUUUUGUACCAACCUCUGAGAUCAUUGCUGUAGAAGAAACUGAACUGAACAAGAAACGGCAUAGUACUGGCAAAUGGCAAAAAAUGGCAAAGCCCCAUGCUUUCACAGUUUAUUACGUGAAAAAAGCCCGAAAUCACCGCUGGCGGUGCAGAGAUGUGACGUUUUGGUGUGCUGAUGAGUACUUGUGUAACCAGUGGAUACAGGCCCUGAAAGAAUUACUUGAAAUGCAGAAGUGUAGACCAAAGCAGUUGCUUGUGUAUAUUAAUCCAUAUGGAGGAAAACGACAAGGGAAGAGGAUUUAUGAACAGAAAGUUGCUCCACUCUUUAGUUUGGCUUCUAUUUCUACUGAUGUUAUCGUAACUGAACAUGCUAACCAUGCUAAGGACAACUUAUUUGAAGUUAAUAUUAAUAAAUAUGAUGGUGUUGUUUGUGUUGGUGGGGACGGCAUGUUCAGUGAAGUGAUGCAUGGUCUCAUUGGAAGAAUGCAGAAGGACUCUGGCAUAGACCAAAAUAAUCCCAAAGCACCGUUAGUCCAGUGCAAUAUAAGGAUUGGCAUAAUUCCUGCUGGCUCAACAGAUUGUGUAUGCUAUUCAACUGUUGGUAUUUCUGAUCCAGUAACAUCAGCUCUUCAUAUUAUUAUAGGUGACUGUCAGCCUUUGGAUGUCUCAUCUGUGCAUCAUAACAACACAUUUUUGAAGUAUGCUGUAUCAUUGUUGGGUUACGGUUUUUAUGGAGACGUUUUGAAAGACAGUGAAAAGAAACGGUGGAUGGGUCCGAUGAGAUAUGACUAUUCAGGCGUCAAGACUUUUCUUUCUCAUCAUUACUAUGAAGGAACAAUUUCUUUUCAACCAGCAAAACACACACUGGGAUCUCCACGAGAUAAAGAUAGCUGCAGAACAGGAUGUUAUGUUUGCAAGGAAAGUGAGCAACAACUGGCAGAACAACGCAAGAAGUGUGGAUUCAAACAUGAAGAAGAUGAAGAAGAAUGGAAGGUUAUUAAAGGAAAAUUUCUAGCCAUCAAUGUAGUAAACAUGAGCUGUGCCUGUCCACGAAGUCCAAAAGGUCUUUCACCAGCAGCUCAUCUAGCAGAUGGUUCAGCUGACCUCAUUCUAGUUCGUAAAUGCUCCAGAUUUGAUUUUCUACGUUAUCUUGUCAGACAUACAAACCAACAUGACCAGGUAUGUAUUCCCUUUGGCAGUGAACUCUCCAGAAUAAGUUUUAAGGUGUGAAUGCUGAUAUUUAUACAUGACAAAAAAGUAUACCUACAAAAUAUUUAAAAAAAAA